AUGUCUUCUGACGGUGAAGAAGUUAAUCUGCCCCGUUACAGAGGUACUCUGAACGUUGACGCUCUGGUAGCUGAAGGUUCAAAUGAGAGUUUAAAGAAAAUACAAACGACAAACAACGGGGAAUCCUCAACUUUAAGCGAUGGCCUGGGGAUUGAUCUCAAUGUGCCUGAGAAUAAGGAAAAUGUGAACCCUGUGAACGCAUGUGAUACGUCCAACACCAGCUUUCAAAGUAACAAUCCAUUUAACAACACCAAUACACAUUCGAAUUCUAGCGAAAUUGAACUCAUUACCCAGAAACUGUCGGAAUUGAAGAGUGGAAUUAAGGGAUGGGAUACUAGUGAAGAGGAAGUAGAGGAAGAGAACACAGCAAGUAAGGAGAUCCCAGAAGGGGAAUGUAUGACUGAAAGCAACACAUUAAAUCCUUUCAAGCUGGAUAAAGCAGUCUCUAAGCUUGCAGAAAGUAAACCACCGAAUGCUGGCGCAAUAGAUACCCCCCAAAGCUUGACAUCGACCCAGUUUCAGGCUAUUGAAGAAAUAACGAAUUUUCAUUUUUCAACGCCUAGGUUGUCGGAGUUGCAUUCGGAAGCAUUUGAUCCUGUUCUUAAAGAAAACCAGGAUUUCCCUAUUUCUCCAAUGAUUGGCAGCUAUGAAGGUUUGCAGUCCAAUAUGGAGAGUGAUAUGCAGCUCCUAACUUUGGAUAGGCAGCUUUCGUUUAGAAAAAAAGAGGAAACAAUUAAAGAUAAUGGAGCAGUUGCCAAAUCUCUGGAUCCUAAGAAAACUAGCGAUUCCGUAAAAUCACCAGAGGACCAGUCUUCUUUCAAAAUUAGUGAUUUAAAUGUGAAUCCUCCUAUUAAGGAGCUUAAACCCCAAUAUCCAAAGCCUUUACAAUCAUCAACAUCUUCUGACCAUGAUUUCAAUUCAAUAAUUGACACAUAUGUACAGGAAACACCUACUAUCACUAACAGUGCAACUCUAGCUUCGAGCAACCCCAAAUAUGGAGUGAAACCAAAUGCAGAACACAAUUCAGGAAGUAGUUCUGGUGUUUCACUAGAUAAACAAAAGAGACCUGGGGGUCAUCAAAGAACCAAUUCUGUUCCUCAUGAGAUAAAGACUAGACAACUACCAACCACUAUCAAUACUGUAAAACAAUUCUCAGAGAAAGAAAAAGAGAAAAAGAAGAGCAAACUAUUUAAUGGAUUAUCAAAAGCUUUUGGUUUGACUUCAUCAUCCAGAUCAUCAUCUAGCAUCAACAUUUCUGCACCAAAGAAUGUGAUCCUUAAAACACAUGUGAGUUAUGAUUCUGAGACACGUACAUAUAAAGAUUUACCUGAAGCAUGGGCCAGAGUCCUAACAGCUCAAGGUAUUUCUGUUGCUGAACAACAAGCUAAUCCUAUUGAGGCGGAAGAGGUAUUAAAGUUUUACUCCGAAGCGUAUGCCGGUAAUGAAGGCGAUAAAUUCAUGGACGUUCAUGACCGUAUUUCUUCGUCUAGUUAUUUUAAUGACACUACAAACGAUUACGCCAACAAUACUUCCAAUGAGACAGAUAAUUCUGCAACUUUUGCUCAGCACCAUUCAUCAACCAGCGAUUCGUCAUCGUCAAACUUCAAUAAUACUAAUAACGUAAAUCCAGGACAAAAUGCAAACUCCGAGCAAACCUUUGGAUUAAGUCAGUUUAUUUCGAGUGGCUUUUCUGGCGAUGCAGGUAAAGAUGUUGAAUACAUUCCUCAAAGGCAUGCACCACCACCUCCAAAAUCACAAUCUGCAAAUACCACUCUUUUGAGCACGCCGAUUGCUGGCGAAUCACCUACGUUCUCCACCCCAAGUAGUAAGAGCAUAUCUAUUUCAAGAAAGACAUCAUUGAAAAAUGCCAGAAAUAUGUCUUCCCCAGGAAAAAAUAAACAAAACAUAACAAGUCCUACGAAUUUAGGAACGAGAAGCUCACCAAGUUCUCCUUCAACGUCAAUAAUUGGAUCUUUUUCUCGUCGGUUUGGCAGAAAGAAGUCUAUUACCGAAGGAAGGCCCAAGAUUGUCCAUUUGACGGAAGGGAUUAAUACUCCGGGUGCACCGAUCCAAAUAUCUUCACCAGCACAGGCAAACUUUACAGGCGUUCUACACAAAAGUGGUCAAGUGGUCCCACAAGCUUUGAAUUCUUCUCAAACACUUCAUGAGUCUAGAGAACUUCAACAGUCGCCAGCCCUUGGACCAGAGAGUUUCUUUGAACCAAGACGCCCACCACCUCCUUUACCUAAAGCAGGAGCCUCAAUAGGUGUAAAUACCCCCGAAGCGAUAGAAAAGUCAAACGCAUCAACCUCUACACUUAAAUCACCUGUGGCACUGAGUGCGAUGGAAGAUGUAAAAAAUGCAAUUGAAGAAGAAGAAGAAGAAGUAAAUGACUUUGUUUUGAAGCCGGUGAGUCCCUUAAAUGAUGAAAAUUUAUCAUCCAAGGUAGAGCAGUCCUUACCACCAAUUCCUAAGACUAUUCCGAUUGCAGAAUUUGCAAACUCGGAUGAAGAAGCACUUGAUGAAAACACACAGGACCAAAUGGAAGUACCUGUAGUGAAGGAGGUAGAAGUUCCUACAAUUGAAGACAAGGAAACUGAUACGAAUUCAAGGCAGCACAUUGAUGAUGAGGUUGUGGAGGGAACUUUGACCUCAACUAAACAAGCGGAACAGGUUACUCCUGUUCCUAUACCAGAAGCGCCGCAAGUAUCUGCACCGAAGAGGUCUUCAAGCAAGAAGAAGCUCUCUGAAGAGGAGCAAGAAAGACGCCGUGAACUGCGUCGUGCUAAGGACCUGAAAUACAUGAAAAAAUUACGUGAAAUUUGCUCAGAUGACGAUCCAAAUAAUAGAUACCAUGAUUUGGUGAAAAUUGGACAAGGUGCGUCAGGUGGUGUUUUCACUGCAUUUGAUGAACAGACUAAGCAAUGCGUUGCAAUCAAGCAGAUGGAGCUUGAGAAACAACCAAAAAAAGAGUUGAUUAUCAACGAAAUUUUAGUCAUGAAAGGUUCAAAGCAUGGUAACAUUGUGAAUUUCAUUGAGUCUUAUCUUCUUAAGAAGGACUUGUGGGUUGUGAUGGAAUAUAUGGAAGGGGGGUCGUUGACUGACAUUGUAACACACAGCAUUAUGAAUGAAGGUCAAAUGGGUGCUGUUUGCCGUGAGACGUUGAAAGGUUUGAGAUUUCUACAUUCCAAGGGAAUCAUCCAUCGUGAUAUUAAAUCUGACAACAUUUUGCUUUCGUUAAAUGGUGAUAUAAAAUUGACUGAUUUUGGGUUUUGUGCUCAAAUAAAGGACCAUGCAUCCAAACGUAAUACUAUGGUUGGUACACCAUACUGGAUGGCACCUGAGAUUGUAAAGAAGAAGGCUUACGGACCAAAGGUUGACCUAUGGUCAUUAGGAAUUAUGACAAUCGAAAUGAUUGAGGGUGAGCCACCAUACUUGAAUGAAACUCCAUUAAGAGCGUUAUUUCUGAUCACCACUAAUGGCAAACCAGAAUUGAAGGAUAGAGAUGCACUGAGUGAAGAUUUGCAAGACUUCUUGGAUGCGUGUCUUGAGGUUAAUCCAGAACACCGUGCAAAUAGUGUUCAGCUACUAAAUUCCAAGUUCAUUCAAAAUGCUUCUGAUAAUAAAUCAUUAGCGCCAUUAGUUGAACUUGCGAGAGCGGAAAAAAUGAAAGAACAGGAAAAGGAUGAAUUAGACUAUGGCGACGAUGGUGACAGCAUCGUUGAAUUUAAUAGAACCUGA